AUGCCGGUGGCAAUCAGGUCCCCCUUUGCGCCGCUGACCGCCGCCCUAUCAAGCUACAUUGCAUCGCACAAAGCACGCGCUGAAGCGCAGAGAUCCGCCAAUGGCACCACUUCGGGUCCUACAGGUGCUGAGGUCGACGCACACGUUGCAAGCACACUGAACCGCAAGCACGGUGCUCGAGUCCUUGCCGAACUUCCCUUGGAUGGUGCUGGUGCAGCUCAGGUUGACUAUCAGGGUCGAACGCUCGGCCUGGAGGAUCCAAACGACCCAGCACUGCGACCCGAUCCCACCACCGCUGUCCGUGCCAACGCUCAACCUAAAAUUGUCCCUGUCACCACUGUCACUGAUCCCGACCUGAUCGCCAAAGUCACUGAAGCUACGAACGCCAAACAGACUUCGAUUCCACUAUUCCCGACGCCCACAGAGACGGUUGAAGGCGACGUGGAUGUCAACCAGUACGGAUUCAUCGAUCCGCGUGUUUACGGAGGUACAUCGUUCGAUUUAGUCGGUGAUGGUCUGCACGAACCACUCAACGUCAUCGUCUCGUCGCUCUCGUCGCCUGCGGUUCUCACGCGCAAAGGACUGCAGUCCUACUGUCGAUCACUCGACUUUGAUCGCGAAUGCCUCGGUCUCCACGCCGGAGGCUACCAAAAGGCAUACAUCGACGCGCGCGGUUGGCGAGACCAAGAAUUCAUCUAUCGCCAAGUGUAUACCCCGCUAGAUCACGUGUUCGGAACAUGCCUUGAAUCGCUCGUCGGCGGAAAUCAUUUCCGCGCUUGGCAGCAGCAGGCAUCCGGGGCAUGGUUCUUGGCGACGAGCAAAGAGCAGACAGCUAGCAAGAACCACAUGAUCGUUCCAGACGGAUACAAUCUCGGCCGCAACGAAUUGGUCAAGCAGGCUUUGGGAAAGACCAAAGAUGGAAAGACGAGCUUUAUGCUAACAAAGUAUAGGACAGACGUGCAAUUUGUCGCUGGACUCAUGCCGCAGGGUGUACAAGGCGUGAAUCAUGAUAUUGCCGUAGAUGGCCUGACGGCCGUGUUGACGGUUACGGUGUUGCCCGAGACCGGAUGGUUUCGCAAGGCGGACACGAGCGAGAGAGGACAGCGGAACCAAAACCAGGUAGGCAUGGGCAUGAGUGCUGCAGCCGCAUCAGAGCACGAGCUGACCAUCGAGCAUGGGGCAGAGCAGGAGACACGAAAGCAGGAAGAGCACCAGGUAAAGCCUCGACCGCGUCGCGUGUCGCUCGCAAAACGGUUCAGCCUGUCUCGUGAUGUCGAUCGUCAUCAAAGCGUUAACCAGCAGGCCUCGACGCCGUACGUCUGGCAGAAACUGAGGAGAAUGUCAGCCCCCAAGCUCCCCAAUUCCAGCAUCCACCCUUCUGCCCUUGCAAGUGUCGAAGCUACCGAUGCUGCCGCUACUACCCAGGGACAAGGAACCACCGCUACUGCCGCCACAGAAUCCACCCAGCCUCAACCGGGUGGACACGUCACUGCCGCCCCGCCCAGCAACGCUUGA